AUGACAGAGGCCUUCGUCCAAGGCAUGCGCCAUGUCUCGAGGAUUGCUGCUUGUGCGCCAGCGCGGUCGACAAAAGCCGUCGAAAGGUUACCUGCGUCGUCCCCCCGAAGCUUCAGAUACCACAUACCCAGACGAAUAUCAAGCCUAACGACGCCGAACAACACCGCGCGCCGACUGUGGCAGCCCAACAAGCUUCCUGUCAAGACUCGAUCAUUUUCGACUGAAAUUUUUGUUGGGCAAGGUACACAAUCCCCGUUGAGAUCAAGUCCACCUUGGCUGCGAGCAUAUUCCAGAAAAGAUGGACACAUGCCAGAUCCUGGAUGGUUGGGUCUUGGGAGAGGCUUGAAGUGCGUCCGUAGUAGCCAAAGCAAAAUACCACACUUGGUCCGGCGGCGAGAUUUUCAUACUACACGCUUUCGAAGACAAAAGUCCGAGAAUGGAGGCGAGGGACGCACAAAACAAGAGAGAGCAGAAAAUGCGCCUGAAUCUGGCUCAGCAAAACCAGCUGACUCACAGCCUGGCUCGGGACAGGCUCAUUUCUAUCAAAGUCGUUUCUACGAUAGACUGCACAUGCCGCAGUUCCACCGUCCUACAAAGGAAGAACUACUGGCUGCGGCCACAGGAUUCUGGUCUCGCCUCAAGGUCCAUUUUAAAUGGUUCACAAUCAAGAGUACGAGGCCGUUCAACCUAGAUGAGAUUGUCGGAUUCAUCUCGUGGAUCGCGUUAGGUCAUGUCAUCUGGAUUGUUGUCGGUACGACGACAUUUGUCUCGUUGGCCAUUCUAGCCAUCAACACCGUCUUUGCACAAGAAACUCUUGCUGGCUGGAUUGGGAAUUACUUGACAAAGUCGUCUGGCCUUCAGGUCGUUUUCGAGUCUGCCAUUGUCCCUAAGUGGGGUGAUGGGGUCAUCACAUUCAAGAACGUCUUUGUCUCCAGGAGACCCGGCCGAGUCCGAUCCCGAGUAACCAAAGGAUCCCCCGAAGCAGCUGCCCAAGCAUCCUCGGCAGAAGAUCCCGUGCCUCCAGAAGAGCAGAACUAUACACAGUUCGACAUCACUAUCGGGGAAGUCAAUGUCACCCUCUCAUUUAGCAAAUGGUGGAACUCCAAGGGCCUCUUACAAAAUGUGGAAGUUAAACACGUGAGAGGGGUUGUCGAUCGAACUCAUGUUUUUGCGACAGGCGAAGAGAUUGAUCCAAAGUCGCUGAGACAUGAACACAACCCUGGGGAUUUCGAGAUCGAAUCCUUCAAAAUUGAAGAUCUUCUGCUCACAAUCCUCCAGCCUGAAGGAUUCCGGCCGUUCCCUGUCAGUAUCUACAACGCCGACUUGCCUAGAUUGCGGAAGCAGUGGUUGUUCUAUGAUUUCCUCUGUGCGAACAACAUCACGGGCGAGUUCGACAAAUCCCUCUUCACUAUUCAUCCUCGACAGACGCACUCCUAUACUGGUACAGUACUUUACGACCCCGAAGAUCCGUCCAACGAACCUUGGAAGAAACAAUCGCGCAUUCGCAUUGAUGGCAUAAACAUCGACCACAUCAACCGCGGCGUGGUCGGUCCCUUAUCUUGGAUUCAUGAAGGAAACGUUGAUAUUGUGGCGGACAUUAUGAUUCCCAACGACAGCGAGGAAUCUGUUAUAAAGGUCGUGACUGAUUUCUAUGAACGAAUGGAAGCUACACUGACCUCGAGGAAACAUCUUGAGCAACAGCGAUACGGCGAGAGUUCCCAACAAGACGAGCCCGUUGCCUCUGGUGGAGUUGUGUUGUCGAAUCCCAACUCUCAACCGGUGAGAGAAGAGGAUAAGCGAUUCAUAGUCAUGGAUCUCCGCAUUCACUUGAACGACGUUCGCGCCGUCGUCCCCAUCUUCACCCGCGACCUAUCAUAUAUCAACAACGCACUGAUCCGUCCCAUUGUUGCCUACAUCAAUUCCCGGCGAACAUUCAUUCCAAUCAAUUGUCGGGUUGUCAAACGACUCUCAGACUUUGAUGGCAGUUGGACCGUCUUUGAUUCCGGAUUGAUGGAUGAUUUGUCAGCCGAAGUGUACGACGCGUUCGCAAGAGAUGUGACAGAUGAGCAGGCACGGUUGAGACGGUUUAAGAAAGUGGGAUUAUGGAGUUUGCAGCUUGCAGUGCAGGCCAUUUUCCUGGUAAGUCCAGUCUGCCUGCUUGUCGCCACUUGA